AUGGGUCGUCCAAAAUUAACCUUAAAAUUCAUCUCAAAUGGGAGAGAGCGUGAAGUAAGAUUCAUGAACCGAAAGAAGAGACUAUUGAACAACAUGUCUGAAUUUUGUACCAAAUGUGGUGUCAAUGGUUGCUUGAUUAUCUAUGGUGGCGAUGGUGAUGCUCAACCAGUGACUUGGCCUGAAGACCCUAUUGCGGUGCAUUCCAUCAUUGAAAAGUAUGAGCGUACAAAGAAUGAGAAGUUUCCUAAGAAUUUUGAUCUCAAAGACUUCUUCAAGAAUAGGAAGAAUACAAUUAAAAUUGAGAUUUCCAAAGUUCAGAAAGAGAUUUUCAACAUCAAAUAUCCAACUUGGCAUGCAAGUUUCGAUGGCCUUGAUGAAGAGAAGCUGUGGAAUUUCAUUGCUCUUUUGGACGACAAACUAGAAGCCUGUAAUCAAAGAAUUAUCAUGUUGAGGCACAACCAUCAAAUUGAAGCCAACUUCAAUUUCUUGCAGAAUAUGGUUCAAUUUACAAGUGCUGCCACAAGCUCAAGCCAACUCAAUUGCAUGCAAACCAUCUCUCUGAACCAACAUAUCUUUGCUCCUAUGAAUCCACUUAAUGACAUCAACCUGCUAGCAUCUUACCAACUUAAUCUCGACAGGGGUUCUAGUUCUCAAUCCCAAAUGCUUAAUUUUGAUCCUAGUUUUAUGCAGUUGAUGGCAAAGAAUAAUGGGGUGGUGGAUGAUAAUUGUGCUAACCAGAUUGGUGCUUUGGAAAAUUUUACAAAUCAAUCAAAUGUGGUUGUGGAUUUGAGUACAAGUCAUCUUGGUGAUCCUUUAGAUUGCUCCAAUCAGCUUGGUGAAAUUGAAGAUUGGACUAAUAACUACGGUAAGGUUUUUGAUUGGCCUACUCAAUUUGGUGAGACUAUAAAUUGGACUAAUCAGCACUGUGUGUCUAUGAUUGGGAGCACUUCAUAUAUGAAUGAUGCUUCUAAUUUUGGUACAACUAUUCAUGAGUUAGAAAAUGAAGGCCAUGAAGAUAACCUAGAGUCUUCACUUUGCAAUUACUGUGGAAAUUGUGGUUUAGAAAAUUCUACAAAUCAACCUAAUGUGCCAGUAGAUUUGAUGAGUCAACUUGGUGGGUCUAUGGAUUGCUUUACUCAAUUUAGUGGAUUUGGUAAGUCAACUUAA